GCUUGCCCUGCUGAGGCUAUUUUGAAAAGCCAAGUCACCCCCUUCCAAAACACACUCGCGCACACGCACAUACACACAGCUGCUCGGAACCAUGUCAGAAGAUGACGGAUACAGUUGUCGCGGAGGGACAAGUCAAGUUUAGAGAUGGCAAAAAGUGGAAAUCUCGAUGGGUUGUCGUUCGGAAGCCUUCUCCGGUGGCAGACUGUCUGUCUGUGCUGGCCUACAAAGACAAGAAGAAAACCAAGCAGCGUCUCGGCGUGACAUUAGAGGGCAUCUAUGGUGUGGAACCAGGGCCUGGUUAUGACGGCGUCAGCGUCACCCUUUCUAUUUUGUGCCUGUCACACACACUGGUGCUGGGCUUCCACAGUCGAGAAGCUCUCCUGGCCUGGGAUGCCCAUGUACGCUACAGCCUGGGAGAAGUCCACAGAUUUGGUGUCAAUGUGGAGCCUGGUACCAAAUUGGAGACUGGCCCCGCCUCUCUGCACCUGUGCAACAACCUACUGGGCCUUAGCAGGGGCCUCCCUCCCGUCAUCAUCGGUCACUGGAAGCUGUCCACGUUACGGCGAUAUGGCGCUGUGCCGAACGGCUUCGUGUUUGAGGGCGGGACUCGCUGCGGAUUCUGGGCCGGCGUUUUCUUCUUGUCCUGCUCAGAGGCAGAGCAGAUCAGUUUUCUAUUUGACUGCAUUGUCAGAGGCGUCAAUCCCAACAGGGUCCCGCAAGGGCUGCGACCUUCCCUGCCAGCAGAGAACCCCAAUGCUGAUCCGGCAUCAGUUGAAGAACGGAUCAACCAGGAAGCCUCAGAGCUGGAGAAAAGACUGAGCAUGCUGUCCACUUGCAGUCUUGCAAGCAGCACAGCCUCCACUUACAGCUGCAGCACAUCUGUUGCCGGGGACGACCGCAGCAUGUCCAGCUCCUCCUCCAGCCAAUCAGAUACCAGCUACGGGAGCCGACGUCCGCUCUGGGCAGAGCCCUUUGCGAAGUCUCACCUCCCCAGCGAGACGGCGUCAAGCUCAUCCACGCUGAAGGCCUUGACCUCUUCAGAUGACCGCCUAUAUUCUGCUGUGAUGGGAAGCUGUGGUCCAUCUUCCACGCAACUCCAACCUCGGGGUCUCCAUGACAGCGGGCGCCAGAGCUCGUUGGACAGCGGCAUUGGGAUAGCGACCGGGAGUUCGGGCAGUUUCUCCUCCUGUACAGGGAGUGUGGAGAUGGCCACUCAGGGAGCAGGGGAGGAAUUUGGCUCCCUGACCAGUCUACCUGCUCAGAGGCUUAGCGAUGACCUGCUCAGACAACACUAUGAUACACCCAGGAGUGUGAUCCAGAACAGAACCCUGAGGGACUGCUCAGCAGUUCAAGAGCACUCCUCUGACAGCACGUUUGGAAGUCAGAACCAAGGACUGACAAAAGGUCUGCCAGGAUCGGAGCCUCAGCGCCAGGCUUUGUUGCCGUGCUCUCUCUCCUGGCCCGGUGAGAGGACGCCCCCUCUGGACACUGAGUACAAGUCCAUACCCUGGCAAGGAAGGGCACUUUCUGAAGAAAGACAGUGCUGUUAUGGUUUUGAUAACUACAUCACACCAGAGCAAUGGCGCACAGCAAAUAGCAGAAGUUUGCUGAUGCAGGUUGGCAAUGCUUCAUCAGGUCCACAGCCUUCUGCUGAUUCACCAGACCAGCCGUGUGUGAGAGCGGAUCCCCAUGAUGAUGAUGAUCUGAUUAGGAUGCUAUCCUCUGUGCCAGCCUCCAGCCCUCUGCAGCCCAUCACACUGAGCACACCCAGGCCACAGUCACAAUGUGAAGAUGGCUCCAUUGCCAGGUACACCCAUGGAAACAACAGCGCCAUGGAAACAGCACAGCGAGUAGGAGUGGAGCACACGCCGGGCAGGGAAGGCCGACUGACUCAGAUGGACGACAGGCGGCAAGGGCCACCGCGCUGACUUUGUUACUACCCGAGAGGAUGGCGAUCAGCGCUCAUUCGCUUGAGUCUCCAAAUAAGCUAAGUAUCUCCUUACUGUACAACAUCCAGUAAUUGCAGAACAAUCCAUUCCACUUAGAAAAUGAACACCUGACUAGUAAAUGCCUCAGAGGUCUGGUUUGUGACUGCGUAUUGAUGUAAAGUAAUAGCCUGCAUAUUCAUACUUCACUUGUAAACCUCAAUUAUUUGCUUUAAUUGUACCUAUUUGUGGUUUUGUAUAUUUUUGUGCUUUGUAUUAUGAGCGUAGAGGCUAAAACUUGACUCCAAAGCCUAGCUUCUUUGUAUUCUUUAUUUUGAAGGGUAACCCGAGUUAAGCACCCUGUAAAGCAGAUUUACGGAUUUUUUUUUUUCCCAAUACAUUAUUCUUGUUUGAAAAACUGAGACGUACGUCACACAGUUGUGGAGGAUCUAGAUAUUGUAGUUAUCGAUCACGUGAUUGGUAUUUGAUUGUCUGCCAUAAUGGAGGUCAAUAUUCGAAGGAUAGCAGAUAGCCAAUUUUUACAACAUUCAUGGUUUAUUCAUGAUCUGAAUCACUUAUUGAAGUUUUUGUUUUUUCUGUAUUGCCCUAAUCUGUUAAUAUCAAAGAUCUAUGUAAAAGCUCCCAUCAUCUACGCUAUGAGGAGGACUCAAAACUUGAGCGUAGAGAGAAACCUUGGAUGUAGAGGUAACGACGCAUGACAACAAAGCAGCCAUCAUAAACAACUUUGCUCCUGACCCUCACAAUUCAAAUGCCUCAUGGCCUAUGUGCAAAGAUGAGCGUAAAUAAAAGUGAGAACGUUUCACUUCAUAAAUCGUUGAAAGCUUGGCUUACUUGCGCUAAAAGGGCAUUGGCUUUACUAAACAUGGUGGGAGUCGUGUUCAAUUUCUGCUAUGCGUGUCUGUUUAACAAAAUAGUGCCACAGCAUCAAUCAACUAACUGUAAGCCAUUCUAAGACAUGUUUUGGAUAGAUCUGUUACUCAAAAGCAAUGAACACCUAAAUCUGCCAAGGCUCUUGUUGGAGGAGAGAAAGGCUGUUGACCAAUAUAUUGAAAUGUCAACUUUUAAUUGGUUUAGCUUGAAUUUAUUUUUCCAACUCGGAGCAUUGUUUAAAGCCUUGUCCCCAGCUGACUUGCUGCAAAAUUUAUAUUCAAAAUUAAAAUAUUUCUACACAAAGCGGACACACAAGAUGAUAACAUGAAAAACUCAGGCACUCCUGACAUACAUUUGAGUGUUUGGAGGCCCGGCGCGCUUGCUGAUCAUUCCACAUCGGAGUUCAAUCGUUUGAAUGAAAAAGCAGCUUCAGAGUUAUUUCUCAGGUGCACAGUUCAAGAAAGACUGAAGAGAGUGAUCAGUCAAGCCAGUGCCAUUAUUCAUCACAGUAAUCGAUGCCGAUGCUUGCGGUCCGGCACAAACAGAUGAAUGGUAAAGCUCUGCGUGUGUGUGAUCCAAUUUGCCCACUCCCCCUCCCCUCUCUUGAUGUCAUCAAGACAAAUAGGCUAAUAUUUGACAGCAAUUUACUUUUAUGAGACUUGUGUGUCUGAGGAGAAAGCUUAUGAUGCGGAGUCACAGGGAGUUCCGACUUUCUCUGCAGUAGUCCGCUAUUUUGACUGCGGGGGAUAUCAUUCCCAGACUACUAUGCUUGUAAAUAGCAAAUGAUUUUAUUCCUGCCGAGUUAACAAAUGAUAUUAAACUCUAUUUUUCCAAUUACUCUUUGUAUGUUGUUGCCACAUAUUAUUAAAUAUUAUAGAUUGAUGCAAUGUUUUGGCCUCGUCACAUUUUUGUUUCCACACAGCGUUUAUGUUGGUCUGCAGAUUAUUGCAGCAUAUCCAAGUAGGAACAAUGGAUGUGAAAAUAGUUUGGCCACUGUGUAAAUCAGACAUUACAACUGCUUUAGUUUUAGUUCCUUACAUGUUGUUAGUCAUAUUUCAACUUUAUUGAUUACAUACAACAAAUCUGAUGAUUCAUUACAAAAAUGCUGGUUCAUAGGGGAAUCUUUUUCAUAGUAUGUACAAAAAAAAAUUUUGUUCUGUGAUUGGACAACAAUUCAACACACUAAUACUAAGGUAGAAAAA